AUGCUAAAGAAAUUACUCAAUAUCGGAGUCGUGAAGUCGUUAACAACACAUCAUGAGAGCACUGAUGUUGAAGCUGCUAAAGAUUAUUAUUUUCUUCAUUUGAGUUUUCAAGAACUUUUUGCAGCACGAUACUUGGUGAAUGCUCUACACGAUCCGAAAGGUCAACAUUAUCAAGAAGCGGUCAACUUUAUCCAGUGUGAAAAACGGAAUGAAGCUGCAGCUCUCCGAAAAGUGGGUGGAAGAGCAGCCACACCGGAUGUGAUCAAAAGAUUGUUGACUGAACUUGGCAAUAAUGAUUGGAUGGUCAGAUAUAAUGCAGCUGAAGAUCUCGGAAAAACCAAUGUAAGCGCAGCCACGCCAGACGUGAUCAAACGAUUAUUCGCUGCACUUUGUGAUAAUGGGCGGAUUGUGAGACAUACUGCAGCUCUCUCUCUCGCGAUAAUGAGUGGAAAUACAGGCACACUAGACGUGAUCAAAGGAUUGUUGGCUAGACUUGGCGACGAAAAUUCUGAUGUCAGAAGUUCUGCAGCUGAAGCUUUAGGAAAAAUGGGUGAAAAUGCAUUCACGCCUGACGUGGUCAAAGGAUUGUUGGUUGCACUUGGCGAUGAUAAUUGUGAUGUCAGAAGUGCUGCAGCUAAAGCUCUAGCAAAAACGGGUGAAAAUGGAGGCACGCCAGAGAUCAUUAAGGGAUUGUUGACUGCACUUGGCAAUGCAAAUUGUCAUGUCAGACGUACUGCUGCUGAAGCUCUCAGUAAAAUGGGUGGCAAUGCAUCCACGACGAACGUGGUCAAAAGAUUGUUGGUUGCACUUGAUGAUGACAAUUGUGAUGUCAGAAGUGCUGCAGCUAAAGCUCUCAGCCAAAUAGGUGGAAAUGCAGGCACGCCAGACGUGAUUAAAAGAUUGUUGGCUGCACUAGGCGAUGAGAAAUACCUUGUUAGAAGUCCUGCAGCUGAAGCGCUCGGGAAAAUGGGUGGAAAUGCAUCCACGCCGGACGUGAUCAAAAGAUUAUUAGCUAUACUUGACGAUGGAAAUGCAUGCGUCAGACAAAGUGCAGCUAGAGCUGCACUUUGUCUGACGCAUGCAUUUCCAUCGUCAAGUGUAGCUGAUAAUCUUUUGAUCACGUCCGGCGUGGCUCCACUUCCACCUAUUUGUCUUAGACCUUCAGCUGCAGCACGUCUGACAUCACAAUUUUCAUCGCCAAGUGCAACUAACAAUCCUGUGAUCACGUCCGGCGUGGAUGCAUUUCCACCCAUUUUCCCGAGCGCUUCAGCUGCAGGACUUCUAACAAGGUAUUUCUCAUCGCCUAGUGCAGCCAACAAUCUUUUAAUCACGUCUGGCGUGCCUGCAUUUCCACCUAUUUGGCUGAGAGCUUUAGCUGCAGCACUUCUGACAUCACAAUUGUCAUAUUAG